AUGAAGUGGAAAGGGAAGGACCUCUUUGAUUUGGUGUGCCGGACCCUGGGGCUUCGGGAAACUUGGUUCUUUGGACUGCAGUACACAAUCAAGGACACCGUGGCCUGGCUCAAAAUGGACAAGAAGGUGCUGGAUCAUGAUGUUUCAAAGGAAGAGCCAGUCACCUUUCACUUCCUGGCCAAAUUUUAUCCCGAGAAUGCCGAGGAGGAGCUGGUUCAGGAGAUCACGCAACAUUUAUUCUUCUUGCAGGUAAAGAAGCAGAUUUUAGAUGAAAAGAUCUACUGCCCUCCCGAGGCUUCUGUGCUCCUGGCUUCUUAUGCCGUCCAGGCCAAGUAUGGUGACUAUGACCCCUCUGUUCACAAGCGGGGAUUUUUGGCCCAAGAAGAAUUGCUUCCAAAAAGGGUAAUAAAUCUGUAUCAAAUGACUCCAGAAAUGUGGGAGGAAAGAAUUACAGCCUGGUACGCGGAGCACCGAGGCCGAGCCAGGGAUGAAGCUGAAAUGGAAUAUUUGAAGAUAGCUCAGGACCUGGAGAUGUACGGUGUGAACUACUUUGCAAUCCGGAAUAAAAAGGGUACAGAGUUGCUGCUUGGAGUGGAUGCUCUGGGGCUUCACAUCUAUGACCCUGAGAACAGGCUGACCCCCAAGAUCUCCUUCCCGUGGAAUGAAAUCAGAAACAUCUCGUACAGCGACAAGGAGUUUACUAUUAAACCACUGGAUAAGAAAAUCGAUGUCUUUAAAUUUAACUCCUCAAAGCUUCGUGUUAAUAAGCUGAUUCUCCAGCUCUGUAUUGGGAACCAUGACCUUUUUAUGAGGAGAAGGAAGGCUGAUUCUUUGGAAGUUCAGCAGAUGAAAGCCCAGGCCAGGGAGGAGAAGGCUAGAAAACAGAUGGAGCGGCAGCGCCUUGCUCGAGAGAAGCAGAUGAGGGAGGAGGCUGAGCGCACAAGGGAUGAGUUGGAGAGGAGGCUGCUGCAGAUGAAAGAAGAAGCAACAAUGGCCAACGAAGCACUGAUGCGGUCCGAGGAAACGGCUGACCUGUUGGCGGAAAAGGCCCAAAUCACUGAGGAGGAGGCAAAACUCCUGGCACAGAAGGCCGCGGAGGCCGAACAGGAAAUGCAGCGCAUCAAGGCCACAGCCAUUCGGACGGAGGAAGAGAAGCGCCUGAUGGAGCAGAAGGUGCUGGAGGCUGAGGUGCUGGCGCUGAAGAUGGCUGAGGAAUCGGAGAGGAGGGCCAAGGAGGCAGAUCAGCUGAAGCAGGACCUGCAGGAAGCCCGCGAGGCAGAGCGAAGAGCCAAGCAAAAACUCCUGGAAAUCACCACCAAGCCCACAUACCCGCCCAUGAACCCAAUUCCAGCGCCAUUGCCUCCUGACAUGCCAAGCUUCAACCUCAUUGGUGACAGCCUGUCUUUCGACUUCAAGGAUACUGACAUGAAGCGGCUUUCCAUGGAGAUAGAGAAAGAAAAAGUGGAAUACAUGGAGAAGAGCAAGCAUUUACAGGAGCAGCUCAAUGAACUCAAGACUGAGAUUGAGGCCUUGAAACUCAAAGAGAGGGAGACAGCCUUGGACAUUCUGCACAACGAGAACUCUGACCGGGGUGGCACCAGCAGCAAGCACAACACCAUCAAAAAGGUACCGACCUCAAGCCCAAGGCAGAAGACCUAUCUGCAUUUGAGCCCUCAAAGUAGGUUAUCCCAGGUACUCUUUAUGUGGUGA